AUGACCGGCAGACGAUCGUCGGUCUUGAGCGGUCCGAAAUCUACCGCCCCAGCAGCCUCCUACGUUGGUUUUGGACUUCUCAUCCUUACUACCCUCAUCCUUCUACUCCUCCUGCUCACCGACCUCGUUUCCAAUCUCUCGCAACCAGACAUCAUGUUCAAGGACCUCCUCAGUACCGCAGGGGUGACUGCCCUUGUGCUGCCCGGCCAGACGGCUGCUACCCUCCUAUAUGCUACUACAUACCUUGAUACCAUCACCACGCUGAGCCUCAAGGGCUCUAGCCUCCAAGCCAUCGCCUCAACACCUGGCUGCGGCGCUAAUUCCUCGUGGCUUACGCCGGACUAUGCCAACAACCGUAUCUUCUGCUUGGAUGAGGGCCUGACCUCGCCCAACGGGACAUUGUCAUCUUUCGGGCUCACCAGCAAUGGGUCACUAUCCCAGCUAGACAUUGUCGACACCCUCAGCGGUCCCGUGUCUGGCGUUAUAUAUGGCGAAAGCAGCAACGGUUUGGCACUUGCGCAUUACUCUGGGUCCUCAGUAGCCGCCUUCGAUAUCUCGGACGCGAGCACGCUCGCACCGGUCCAGGCCGAGACAUACACCCUCAGCGGGCCCGGUCCUAACCCGGACCGGCAGGACGCUCCCCAUCCUCAUGAGGCGCUUCUGGAUCCCACGGGACAGUACCUUCUCGUCCCUGACCUGGGCGCCGACCUCAUUCGUCUGUACUCUGUUGACGAGGGUGAGCUGAGCUUCACCGAGCUGGAGCCCCUCGCCGUCGUCCCUGGCAGUGGGCCCCGCCACGGUGCCUUCCUCGUCACCGAGGACGGCACGACCUACUUCUACCUCGCCAGCGAGCUGGCCAACACCAUCACCGGCUUCGAGGUCACAUACAACGACGAUGCCACCCUCGACUUCACUGAGGUCUACCUGAGCAGCACCCACGGUCUGAACGAGACCGUCCCGAACAACACAACCAGCGCGGCUGAGAUCCUUGUAUCGUUCUUGCUCGUGUCAUCACGGGGCGAGGGGACCCUCAAGAUCCCCAACUUCGAUCCGACCAACAGCACCGAGAUCGCAUCUGACCCCAUCUUCACCUUCGAGAUCGACCACUCCUCGGGGAAGCUGACCAGGGUCCAGCAGUUCCCAGCGGGCGGCAGCUUCCCGAGGCAGUUCUCCAUCAACGCAGACGGAAGCCUCGUGGCGGUAGGGCUCCAGAACGACGGCCGCGUUGUCGUUAUCGGGCGGGACGUCGAGACCGGGCUGCUGACGGACUUUGUCGCCGCGGCCGACGUGGGCGGCCAGCCCACCAGUGUCAUCUUCGCUGCCGAGUAG